CGGCAGGACCGCGGAGCCCCCGGCUGGCGGGGCCGCGCCGCCCGGGCCCGGGGCCGCCCCGCCCGCCGCCGCCGCGCCAUGAAGACCUGGCUGAAGUGGCUCUUGGGGUUCUUGGGGGUCGCCGUCGCCAUCACGGCCGUCGCCGUGCCCGUGGCGCUGCUCACCGGCGAAAGUACCUCUGAGCCUGAUUCACGAAUAACAUAUACUCUACAGAAUUACUUGAACAAUGACUAUAAAUACAGAACACAUAAUUUGCAGUGGAUUUCAGGAAAUCAGUAUCUUCACAAAGCAGCUAAUGGGGACAUCCUACUUGUUGAUGCUGACACUGGAACAUCCUCAGUAAUCUUGGCGAAUACAACAUUAGAUAGAUACAAGGCAACCACGGCUCUAUUGUCUUCUAACCAAAAGUUUGCUCUUCUGCAGUACAGCUAUACAAAGUUGUGGAGGCAUUCCUAUACAGCUUCAUAUCACAUCUAUGAUUUCAACAGCAGUUCUAUCUUGGAUGACAGACUACUACAUAAUGAUACACAGUAUAUAUCCUGGUCACCUGUUGGUCAGAAACUGGCAUAUGUUUGGAAUAAUAAUAUUUAUAUAAAAGCUUCACCAACAGAAGAACCUGUGCAAAUCACUACAAAUGGAGCAGAAAAUAAAAUUUUCAAUGGAAUACCAGAUUGGGUUUAUGAAGAGGAAAUGUUUGGCACCCAUUCUGCUCUGUGGUGGUCUCCAAAUGGGGAUUUUAUGGCAUAUGCAACAUUUAAUGAUACAGAAGUUCCUGUUAUAGAGUAUUCCUUUUAUUCUGAGGACACCUUGCAGUAUCCAAAGACCAUUAGAAUCCCAUAUCCCAAGGCAGGAGCUACAAAUCCAACUGUGCGAUUCUUCAUUGUGGAUACCAGAUCUCUUCCUGCUGUCAGCUCUGCUGAAAUUUCCCCACCUGCAGAAAUAAAAUCAGGUGAUCAUUAUUUGAGUGUUGUAACAUGGGUGACAGAUGAAAGGAUCUGUCUGCAGUGGCUCAGAAGAAUUCAGAAUUUCUCAGUCCUCACAGUCUGUGACUUUGAAAAGGCUCAUGAAAAUUGGUCAUGUCCACAGGAAAAACAGCUUAUGGAAAAAAGUACAACGGGCUGGAUUGGCAGAUUUCAGCCAUCUCCCCCUCACUUUGCACCUGACAAUGCUACCUACUACAAAAUCUUCAGCAAUGCAGUAGGUUACAAGCACAUCCAUUACAUAAAUGGCUCACAGGCUCCAGUACCUGUUACUUCAGGGAAAUGGGAAGUAAUCAGUAUAGAAGCAGUAACCAAUACAUUUUUAUACUACAUUAGUAAUGAAAAUGGUAGAAAGCCAGGAGGAAGAAAUCUUUAUAAAGUCCUCUUAGAAAGCAGUCAAAAUGCUUCUCAAUGUGUUAGCUGUGAUCUGAAUCAAACAAGAUGCCAGUAUUAUUCUGUGUCCUUCAGCAAAGAUGCACAGUAUUACCAGCUAGAUUGUCGUGGUCCUGGCGUGCCCAUAUCUACUCUGCACAGAAGCAGUGAUGAUCGAGUCCUCAGAUACCUGGAAAAUAACACUGACCUGGAAAAUUCAUUGAAAGAUAUUCAGAUGCCUUCAAAAGAAAUGGGCACCAUUAGUGUAGGUGGAUAUGAUCUGUGGUAUCAAAUGAUACUGCCUCCGCAUUUCGAUGCAUCAAAGAAGUACCCUCUGCUCCUUGAUGUGUAUGCAGGACCCUGUAGUCAGAAAGUAGAUUAUACCUUCCAGAUGAGCUGGGCAACUUACCUUGCAAGCACUGAGCAGAUCAUUGUGGCCAGCUUUGAUGGCAGAGGAAGUGGAUACCAAGGGGAUGAAAUUAUGCAUGCAGUAAACCGAAGGCUGGGAACAUACGAAGUGGAAGAUCAGAUAGAAGCAGCAAGAAAAUUUUCUGAAAUGAGCUGUGUUGAUAAGGACAGAAUAGCUAUUUGGGGUUGGUCUUACGGGGGAUACGUGACCUCCAUGGUGCUUGGCUCUGGAAGCGGCGUGUUCAAGUGUGGAAUAGCGGUUGCCCCCGUGUCACGUUGGCAAUAUUAUGAUUCAAUCUACACAGAGCGAUACAUGGGCCUUCCUACAGCAAGUGAUAAUCUGAGCAACUAUAAUAGUUCAACAGUAAUGGCCAGAGCAGAAAAAUUCAAGGAAGUUGAAUAUCUCCUUAUUCAUGGAACAGCAGAUGAUAAUGUUCACUUUCAGCAAGCAGCACAGAUUUCCAAAGCUCUCGUUGAUGCUGAAGUGGAUUUUCAGGCAAUGUGGUACACUGACAAAGACCACGCCAUCAGCGGUCAAGCACAUAAGCACAUUUAUACCCAUAUGAGCCGUUUCAUAAAGCAGUGUUUCUCACUGCCCUAGCACCAGCGCUCUGGGUGUUGGUGAUGCUGCUUCUCCAGAAAACUCUCUAGCCAUUUAUAUCCUUCUGUGAAUCAAGAAGAGCUAAGGGCCAGCUGGGGAUAGUUGUGUACACAAUGAAAUGCUAAUCUUUGUAAUGAUUGCUGUUGCCAAGCAAACUGUUGCGUUUUUAUUGUUUGUCUUUAAUCAAGUCUUAGCACCACCAGAAUACAGGUAUGUUGCAGACUUCCAGAAAGCAGGGUACUUGGUUGAAUCAGUACCUUUUGACAUGGCAGUCUAAAAGAGAAACAGGCCAGUCUCUAUAUUAGUGUAACGAAUGAUGUAAAUGUCACAGAGAAACCAAGGUGGAGUUCAGGUGAGGAAUAAAAAUUAUAAUCUUUCCAGCAAAAAAAUUAAAAUUAACCCUGUGGUUAUUGCUGUGAAAAUACUUACAAAACUUUAGGUAAUUCCUGCAAAAUCUGUUUCACGCUCAGUCAAGUAUUAUUUUAAAAACAAUGCCAGGAAUACUGCAGUGUUGAAUUGUUUCUGUCCAGAAUGCAACUUUUUUUGCAACUCCUUGAGUUAGCAUUUUCUCUGCAAUCUCUUGGAUUGCAACUGUAGGCAUCCUGCAAGGAAAGCAGGUAACCAGCUGUCACCAAAGAUUUUGCAUGGUACCUCUUCAUACCCAUGGCACUGGACUUCCUUGUUUCCUAUCAUCAUACUGCAAUUUUUGCUUAUGUAGAGUCAAAAAGACUGCUACUGUGGGACUCUGUUGGUAAAAUCUUUUAUCUGGGAACUCUAGCAGCCCACCAUUGUUUCUCUAGGGGACAGAAAUUUUUUUUAGCAGUUUCUUGUGUUAACUGAUGAAUAGGAUAUAUUCCUUCCACGCAGCCAUAAAACACUGCAAUGCAAAGUAGCAGUCACUUAAAGCAAAGGCUGGACUGUAACUCAUGUGAACAUGCUAUUCAGCAAACCUGCUUUUCCUUGAAGCCUACCAGUAAACCUUUAUCUUCAGCACUCCAGGUAGGCUUCUCCAUCUGAAGAUAAGCUUCAUUUUCUUAAUUUCAUAUAGAUCAAAAAAGAUGCAAUGCACUUGUACUGCAAACUGUGCUGCUUUAAAAAUAAUAAAGAGAUUAAGUUGUUAAA